UUUCCCCACCACGAUGUCCAAGAGACGGGUGACCUACUACUACGAUCCCGAUGUUGGGGCAUACACGUACGGCCUGGGCCACCCUAUGAAGCCCCACAGGAUACGGGUCGCGCACGAGCUGAUAUCUGCGUAUGGGAUGCUGGAUAAGAUGCAUGUGCUGAAAGCGAAGCGCGCCACUCCCGAACGGAUGACCGCGUUCCAUACCGACGAAUACGUCGACUUCCUCAACAAGGUGUCGCCAGAGACAGUGCGGGAGCUCACGUAUAACGGGUCUAGAUUCCUUGUCGGUGACGACAACCCCGCCUUCGAGGGCGUCUUCGAGUACUGCCAGACAUCAGCGGGGGGCUCAAUAGCCGCCGCGAACCGCAUCGCGUCCGGCGCGACCGACAUCGCGAUCAACUGGGCCGGCGGCCUGCACCACGCCAAGAAGCGCGAGGCGUCCGGCUUCUGCUACAUCAACGACAUCGUCCUCGGAAUCAUCGAGCUCCUGCGCACCUACCCACGCGUCCUCUACGUCGACAUCGACUGCCACCACGGAGAUGGCGUCGAGGAGGCGUUCUACACGACGGAUCGCGUCAUGACGUGCAGCUUCCACAAGUAUGGGGAGUACUUUCCGGGGACGGGCACGCAGGAGGACACGGGUGUGGGGCGGGGGACGGGCUACGCGGUGAAUGUGCCGUUCAAGGACGGGUUGACGGACGAGUCGCUGGCGAGCGUGUUCGAGCCGAUCAUCGACAAGAUCCUCGAAGUCUUCCAGCCGUCCGCAGUGGUCCUGCAAUGCGGUUCCGACUCCCUUUCUGGCGACAAGCUCGGUUGCUUCAACCUCACCAUGCAGGGUCACGCGCACUGCGUGCAGUUCCUCCGCUCGAAGAACAUCCCCCUCAUCCUUCUCGGCGGCGGCGGUUACACCGUGAAGAAUGUCGGUCGAACAUGGGCCUACGAGACUGCCUGCGCGCUGGGUAUCGAGGACACCAUCGACCCGAACUUGCCAUGGAACGAGUACUUCGAGUGGUUCGGGCCGCGGUACCGGUUGGAGGUAGUGGCGAGCAAUAUGGAGGACCUGAAUGUCAAGGAGGGGUCGCUGGAGACCGUCAAGAAUAUCGCGCUGAAGAACUUGAAUGCCAUCAAGGGGCCACCGUCGGUUCAAAUGCAGGACGUGCCGCGGCAACCUUUGGGAGACCACCUAAAGACCAAACGAACUGAAGACGAAGAAGACGACGAGCGGGACAACCUGGACAGGAGGCUAGCGCAACACGCCCGCUACGUCUACGACCUCCAGCAGUCCUCCAUGGCAUCCUCCUCCCAAUCCGACUCCUCCUACGACUCAGACGACUCCGAGCAGCCGAUCUCAACCUCCGUCCACCGCCGCGCCGCCGCGCAGAAGACCAAGCAGCGCAUGUCCAUCCGCACGAACCGUUACUUUGACGUGCCCGCCGAGCCCGAAUAUGCGCACUACGAUUGCGGCGCGUUGCCGGGGAACAAAGCCAAGCGGCGGUUCUUCCGGAUGGGCUCGCGGAUGGAGGACGACAUGGGGAUGGGGGAGCGGAUGCGGCCGAACGGGACGGUGAAGCUGUUUGAUGUGCAUUCGACGAUGACGAACGGGGGGAGGACGCCGGAACGGGAGUGGGAUAGGCAUGAGGACGAGGAUGAGUCGGAUAUGGAUGUGGAUGGGCCGUAGCUGCUUUUUCUGUGGGAUGAUAUGCCAGUUGGUGCUGCUAUUUUCCUGUACGUGUACUUUUAUGUGCUAUGGACUGGGAUUUGUUUUCCGUGCACGGACACCGCGUGGAGACG